AUGAGUGAGAGCGAGAGUUUUCUGGCUGAGUUGGAGGCAGCACGACUGAUCUGUGAGCUCGGGUACACCCUGUGGACACAUCUGGAGUUUAUUGGGCUCUACGAGAGGAAGCGGAGCUCGCUGUUGGCGUCCCCUGAGCUGGUGGCGAAGGUGGAGAAGGAGAUCACGCGGCUCCUGCUGGCCAACGCUCAGGUGCUGGCGAGGUCCUGUGCGGAGGCAUGCGUCCAGGUGUGGUCUACUCUGCAGGCUGCGCAGCUGGAGGCAGCAUCGGUGGCUCCAUCGCCGCAGGCACCGGCGCCUGCGGCCACAACGCAGGAGGUUGUCCCACCGGCUGACGUGGCUGGAUCUUCUCAAACAGCGGAGGCACCGUCCCCAUCGGCGCCGUCAAGAGAAGAGCCAGCAGCAGAAGAGGUAGCGCAAGCUGCGGCGGGCGAAGCCGACCUGGUGAGAGAGGCAUCGGUGCCUGUGCAAGCCACACCAGCAACGCCAGAGGAGGUAGUGCAGCCGGCUGACGUGGCUGGAUCUUCUCAACCAGCAGAGGUAGCCGAACCUUCGGCUGGCGUAGCCGACCUGGUGAGACCAGAGGUUGUCCCACCGGCUGACGUGGCUGGAUCUUCUCAAACAGCGGAGGCACCGUCCCCAUCGGCGCCGUCAAGAGAAGAGCCAGCAGCAGAACAGGCAGCUCAAGCUGCGGCGGGCGAAGCCGACCUUGUGAGACCAGAGGCAUCGGUGCCUGUGGAAGCCACACCAGCAACGCCAGAGGAGGUGGUCCCACCGGUUGACGUGGCUGGAUCUUCCCAACCAUCAGAGGUUGCUCAAGCUACGGCGGGCGAAGCCGACCUUGUGAGACCAGAGGCGUCGGUGCCUGUGGAGGCCACACCAGCAACGCCAGAGGAGGUGGUCCCACCGGUUGACGUGGCUGGAUCUUCCCAACCAUCAGAGGUAGCUCAAGCUGCGGCGAGCGAAGCCGACCUUGUGAGACCAGAGGCAGAGGUGCCUGUGGAAGCCACACCAACAACGCCAGAGGAGGUAGCUCAAGCUGCGGCGGGCGAAGCCGACCUUGUGAGACCAGAGGCAGAGGUGCCUGUGGAAGCCACACCAGCAACGCCAGAGGAGGUGGUCCCACCGGUUGACGUGGCUGGAUCUUCCCAACCAUCAGAGGUAGUCCCACCGGCUGACGUGGCAGGAUCUUCUCAACCGGAGGUCCAACAUGAAGCCGAUGAACCUGAGGAGGAGACUGGGAUUACUUCCUGCAGGCAGACGCAGAUGGGCUUGCCAAAGACGCCAAAGCCAAGGCCAAGGGCAAGGGCAAAGGCCCACCUUUGCCCAAGGCCGCAAAGGCUGCGCCUAAGGCUGCCAAAGCUGCGCCCAAACAGCAGGUGCGGCGCAACAGCGGCAUCAGCGAGCUCCUGA